UUGGUGAAUAGAAGUACCAGUUUCUUUCUAUAAGAGCAAAAUCUCUACAUUAUUCCAAACUUUUGGCCACCAGUGUAUGUCUGUUGUGAAAAGCACUACACAAAUAAAAAUGACUUGACUUGAUUUAACCACUGGAGUCAUAUGGAUUUUGAUGCCUUUAUGUGCUCUUUGCAGUUUCAAAGUUCUGGCCACCAUUCACUUGCAUUGUAUGGACCUAUAGAGUUGAGAUAUUCUCCUAAAAAUCUUUAUUUGUGUUCAGCAGAAGAAAGAAAGUCUUACACAUCUGGGCUGGCAUGAGGAUGAGUAAAUGAUGAAAGAAUUUUCAUUUUUGGGUGAACUGUUACUUUAAUAUUCCAUGUCUGAGAGUACUUUUUUUUCUCAAUGGCUAUGACAAUAGAUCUGAAUGUAUAGGUUUCAUACAACUAUUAAACAAAACAAUUAGGCUAUUACAGAAUCCUGUAUGCAUUCACAUCAUCAUGGGACCCUCGUUAAAGACAUAAUAAACUCGACAAAAAAACAUCUAUGUCCAAUACUUUGAAAAGCAGUUAACAGUAUAGAUUUUUCAUAAUUCUAUACCAGCUGCAAUUCUAGUCAAAAUUGGGCAACUAAACGAGGGUGGUGACAUCUCAAAGUGUUAGGCCUACUAUAGAAUAAUCUGCACAUUUCCAGUGACAUAAUUAGUAUUCUCUUCUUACGGAGUGAAAAUACAGUGAAACAAAUGUACUUAUUUAUUUAUUUAUUUAUUUAUUUAAACUAAGACAACAAAUAAGAUGAACAAAUGUAGUCCACUACUAUUAUGUUUAGGUACACUUUCAAAAGGAUUUCCAAUACACAGUACUCGAGAUUGAAGAAUUAAUGUUUUCACACCUUUCGGACCCACAAAAGACUGUUGGUUUCGAUACACAACGACCCAGGGACAUGUAUCCAUUUACACUCCCCCUGAACGAGUAUGGAUCACAGGGCCACUUCAAAGACCCACAGUACCACAGAGACCAUCAAAAGACUACAAGUUUCUAUAAGUGAACUUAGCUGACCAGGCAGCUCCCAUGGCCAUCACUCUCCUGGGGACAAUGUAGGAGAAGCAUCUCAAAGACAGUAUUUCUCCUCUCUAGAUUAUAAUCAGGUUUUGGACAUGAGGCGGUUCAUCUGCGGGGUCCUUAGUGCAGUUCUCGCGCUGUGGGUCAGUGCGGUCAGCUCAGCUCCAGCAUCGUUUCCUGGAUUCCACGAGGCGUCCAGGAAUAGGAUGCGCAGCGGAGAUCAGGCGGGUCACAGCCGCCACUCGAACAGAUAUCCGAUUUACUUGAUGUACCUCUACCGAACCCUUCUAACCGGAGACGACAAGCACAUGAGCCAUGAUAAUCCAACUCUUUACGAGUCCGAUUCGGUGUUGAGUCUCGUCCCCAAAAGUUGCAGUCAGAUUGGUGACAGAUGGGCAGUGACAUUCGACAUGUCCUCCAUAUCAGCGAGUGACAGCGUCCAGAGGUCAGAACUUCGGAUUUGCCUUCAAGAAUUUCCCUCUGCUAUUGACAUGGUGGUGGAUAUCUAUCAUGAUUCCAAACGUGAAUGUAACCAGAGCCACUGCCCUGAAACACGGCUUCACCUUGGCAGUGUGAGAGCUAAACCAAGCAUACCCGCCUCCCAGUGGAGGGUCUUCAACAUCACUGCCCUGCUCAAGUACUGGUUGCAUCAGAGUGAGAGCAUCUCCUUAGAGGAACAUCUCCAGAUGUCUUCAACAGAAAAGGGAGAGAAUGGGGGACAUGAGAUGGUCCAGCUUCCUACAGAAAACAGGGUCAUAAUGGUGGUUUACUCCAAGCUGAACCAGACCAAGACAUUCACCCUCAUCCAGACCGCUGAGCACUCCAAAUAUGUAGCUCUGGACCAAGCCAGCGGUGGAAGUGAACCUGUCACCCGGCGUCACAAGAGGAAUCACAGAAAUGGUGAGCGGGUACGAGAGGUAAUAGGAACUGGCAUGACUCCUGCCGUUUCUCCUGAGGAAGAGAAGAAGCCUCUCUGCAGAAAAGUGGAUAUGUGGGUGGACUUCGACCUGAUUGGCUGGAGUGACUGGAUCGUUUAUCCAAAACGCUACAAUGCUUAUCGCUGUGAGGGUAGAUGUCCUACACCCAUAGAUGAGUCCUUCACCCCAACCAACCAUGCCUACAUGCAGAGUCUUUUUAAGUUGCACCACUCAGACCGGGUUCCAUGCCUAUCAUGUGUACCCACCCGUCUGGCUCCACUCUCUGUGCUCUACUACGAGAAUGGGAAGAUGGUUAUGAGACACCAUGAAGGAAUGGUGGUAGCAGAAUGUGGCUGUCACUGACAUCUAUUUUAAUCUUAAUCCCAAACUCGACAUUAGCACUUUUGGAUAUGCUCCUCUGAACCAGAAAUGCACAUGAACUCCAACGAAGAUAGUACAGAUAAGUCCAGGAUGAAAGUCACAGCAAAAGCAAAGUUUCUUAACCAUUCUGGAAAACUCACUAUGAAAAAUGUACAACGUAUCUUACAUUAUUUUCACUUUGUACAGUAUUUUCACUUGGAAUCAUUGAGGUAUCCUGCACUGAGGCACCUGGAUUAUUUGAAGCUAUUUUUGAAAUUUGUGUUUAUUUAAAUUGUAAAUGGUAGAAUAUGUAAACUGCAAAUUUAAUAAAAUGUGUAAUUCAAAAUGGUUGUCUUUCUUUUGUCCCCAUCUCUUUGGUUUAAAAUCAGCAAUAGAUAAGGCAAACACUUAGCAAUCCUCUGGUGUUUGUUGAUUUUUUUUAAUGCUUAGAUGUCUCUUCAGGAAUAACAGGGCAGUUUAGAGAAUUUCACAGAAAAAAAAAAAAAAAAAGGCAUUUUACAUUCUUUUGAAUAACACUUCAGGUGAAAAUACUCUUUAAGACGAACUGAAAUAAUAUGAUUUUAUUGUUACUUGAGUUUGUCUGGAUUUCCUGCAUAAUAACUCGAUGAAAAAACAACCAAGAAAGAAACUGUUGACCCCCCCCCCCUCCACUGGUCAUGCUGCAAAACUACCCGAACAAUCUGUAUCAAACAAACAAUGUCACAUGAUGGACUUUAAGGUAUCCCCCCUGUUUUAGGCAGAAGUAGAGCUGGGCAGGAUUGCCUGCAUCAAUGUGCUUGGGAUGCGCUGAUCUGACAUCCGAGAUAGUGGCUCUUUC